GUUUACUUCCUGCGACUGUGGAGCGAGUAGUAUCGUAUCGGUGAGGAUGGCCCUGGAGACGGUGCCGAAGGACCUGCGGCAUCUGCGGGCUUGUUUGCUGUGCUCGUUAGUCAAGACUAUAGACCAGUUUGAAUAUGAUGGGUGUGACAACUGCGAUGCAUACCUACAAAUGAAAGGCAACAGAGAGAUGGUUUAUGACUGCACCAGCUCUUCCUUUGAUGGAAUCAUUGCAAUGAUGAGUCCAGAGGACAGCUGGGUCUCCAAGUGGCAGCGAGUCAGUAACUUUAAGCCAGGUGUAUAUGCUGUAUCCGUCACUGGUCGCCUGCCCCAAGGAAUCGUGCGGGAGCUGAAAAGUCGAGGAGUGGCCUACAAAUCCAGAGAUACAGCAAUAAAGACC